CGCAUUCUUCGCGGAAGCCGCUCCAGCAUCGUUGACCAGGACGUGAGAGCGGCACCUCCGGCUCGGGCAGCAUGGCUGAGAAGCGGCAUACAGGGGACGCCGAAGCCCGGCGGCUUCCGGACUCCUUCAGGGAUAGCCCCAGUACAGGCCUUGGGCCUUGUGGCUGGAUUUUGGUGGCUGUCUCGUUCUUGUUCACGGUUAUAACUUUCCCCAUAUCGAUAUGGAUGUGCAUAAAGAUCAUAAAAGAAUAUGAACGAGCCAUCAUCUUUAGAUUGGGUCGCAUUUUACAAGGAGGAGCAAAAGGACCUGGUUUGUUUUUUAUUCUGCCCUGCACUGACAGCUUCAUCAAGGUGGACAUGAGAACCAUUUCAUUUGACAUUCCUCCUCAGGAGAUCCUCACCAAGGAUUCGGUGACCAUCAGUGUGGAUGGCGUGGUCUAUUACCGCGUUCAGAAUGCUACCCUGGCUGUGGCGAAUAUCACCAACGCCGACUCGGCAACCCGUCUUUUGGCACAAACGACUCUGAGGAACGUCCUGGGCACCAAGAACCUUUCCCAGAUCCUCUCCGACAGAGAAGAGAUUGCACACAACAUGCAGUGUACCCUGGAUGAUGCCACCGAUGACUGGGGAAUAAAGGUGGAGCGCGUGGAAAUUAAGGACGUGAAGCUGCCUGUGCAGCUGCAGAGAGCUAUGGCUGCAGAGGCAGAAGCAUCCCGGGAGGCCCGUGCCAAGGUCAUUGCAGCUGAGGGAGAAAUGAACGCAUCCAGGGCUCUGAAAGAAGCCUCUAUGGUCAUCACCGAAUCCCCGGCAGCCCUUCAGCUGCGGUACCUCCAGACGCUGACCACCAUUGCAGCUGAGAAAAACUCCACGAUCGUCUUCCCCCUGCCCAUAGACAUGUUGCAAGGCAUCGUGGGGGCAAAACAGUGAGCCGCAGAGGCCAACGCAGAGAUGCGCCCAUCCCUUCCGGGGUAGAGCAGGGACCAAAUCAGCCCUCAACCUGUAAGGAGAGAGGAGGGUGGGACCUCGACUAAAUAUUCCUUCCUCUCUUUCCUUUUCCAUAUGUUGACUGCAAGGUUCUUAGAAUGUGUAGUGAUCCUAGCAACAGAUGAAGAUUGUUAGCUUGUAAAUACUGAGAAAGAGAAGGGGCGUGGGGAGGGGACUACUGAUUUAUAGAAGAUAAUUUCUUACUCUUUAAAAUAUUUAAAAGUUCAUAUAUUUAGAUCAUUAUGUAAUAGGUUAAAUCCCCUUCUUUUGACUUUUCACUGGGUCAUUCUGCACCCUCUAUCUGCAGCCAGGCCAAAGGCAAGAAAAUAGGUUAUAACCACCACUUGACACCCUGGCUGAACAAAUGCUUUGCA